ACUCUCCCCUCAACAAUACAAGAUCUUGGAGAAAAAAUAAUGCAACACUGGAUGGAAAUUAAUCUUGUGACAUUACAGAAGCUUAUCGGAACGAUGCAACAAAGAAUGCUGCUGUAAUCAAAGCUAAGGAAGGUCCAAUGAAAUAUUAGAUUGGGUGACCUGUUUUUUUUUUUUUUAUUUUUUUAAUGGCGACUUUCUUUCAUUUAUUUAUUUUUUGGCACACCCCCCCUUUUUUUUGGCCAGGCAGUGUAUGUUACGCUCUGUUUAAUUCAAAGGCACAGAGUGGAUGAAUCAGCAGACAACAGUAAAGAAAGCCUAAAACCUAACAAAACCAGCUAAACAUUCUCAAGCCAAUUAGUCAUUUCCCACUAGUUUUUACAAACAAAAACAGGUGGGAGUCACUUGUGAGAUAAAGGAGCUCCAGUUUAGAUAAUAAGAGCGGUUUCCAUCGUCUCCGGGGGACUGGGAGCUUUGAGUCAAAACAAGGAAGAGGUGUCACACACAGAGGUGUGGCUUUUCUGCAGGUAAGAAGAGAAACAGAGCUAUUGCCUCAGAGACAGUAGGAUCCAGGAUUCGGGUAAAGGAUAUUUUUUUUUUUUUUUUUUUUUUUUAUCUUUGCAGCAUCUGCCUCUUAUCAUGGACAAGUGAGGCUCACACCUGACUGCAACUGAAUGCCUGCAGUCCUGCCACAAAUUUAUUUUACUGAAGCAACGUUUUUCUUUUUUUCUUUUUUCAUUUUUUACUGCUAUAAAUGAAAAUUGCAGAAAAAGCAACAUCUAUUUACACCUCAGUGUCAGUAUGUUGGACAGUGGCUAGGCUAAAGCUGGGCAAUGGUAUGUAAAUUUAGUAAAUGUUUUAUUUUUUUAUGUUAAUUUGUUUAUGCCUUGACUCACUUCCUGAAAGGAAGUAAUGAAAGGGAAGUGGACUCUUCAGACUGAGAGCGAAAGCAUAUCCCUUAAAAACCUAAACGAUAUGGUGGUAAAGCUUCACCUUAAUAUUAAAUCCUUGAAAGAACUCCUAAGAGUUCGGCUUUUGUCAGGAAAUGGUGAAUCGAUGCAACUUUUCAAAGUACCAUUGCCUCCUCUUUCUUUUGGUGCUUGCAGCUGUGGUUUAUUUUUACAUCAUAAACUUAAAGAACAUGGUACCAAGGUUGAACCCUAAACUGCGGAUACAAACACAUCCAACAAAGCUGUUUAUUCCAUUCAGAGGGCAGAAUGCAGUCUCACAAAACACAGGAAGAUUUACAGCUGUAUUUUCCCAAUCUAACCGCACCACAACACGGCAACCAAGUACAGAACAGACCACGAUUACUUCAGCAAUGACUCAGCAGGGGCUGCAAACACCUAUUGCUCGUCCCAUGCCAGUUCCUUACGUAUCUCCUGGACCGUACCUGGUGGAAUACCCUUACAAGUACAGCUUUUUGAUAAACGAGCCAAAGAAAUGUCAGCAGGAAAAGCCAUUUGUGGUUCUGAUGGUUCCGGUGGCGCCACACAACCGACAGGACCGGGAUAUGAUCCGCAGCACCUGGGGUGGUGAGCGGCAGGUUCUCGGUAAAGAGGUGAGACUGUUCUUCCUUCUGGGCUCUUCAAAUGUGAACUCAGAGCAGCUUCGUGAGAAGCUGCUGCAGGAGAGCAAAGAGCACAAAGACCUUAUCCAGAGCAACUUUGUGGACUGCUACAAGAAUCUGACCAUCAAGACCAUGGUGAUGAUGGAGUGGCUGCACUCCUACUGCUCUAGUGCCUCUUAUGCCAUGAAGAUCGACUCAGACGUGUUUCUGAAUGUGCACAAUCUGGUCCACAUGCUCCUAAAAGCUCCGAGGACAAAGUACAUGACUGGUCAGGUUGUGUAUGACAGUGCGGUUUUGAGAGAUCAUUCAACUAAGUGGUAUUUGCCUGUGGAUCUUUUCCCUCAGGAUUAUUACCCUCCCUAUGCUUUAGGUUUGGGCUAUAUUCUGUCUUUGGACCUCCCUAAAUUGUUUAUGAAGGCAUCUAGGCAUGUUAAAGCCCUCUACAUUGAAGAUGUGUAUUUGGGGUUGUGCAUGAGUUACUUGGGUAUCCCUCCUACAAACCCCCCAGAAGGGAACUACUUCAAUGUGUUUCCUAAGGAAUACAAUCGCUGUGCUUUCUCGAAGAUUGUAGCCACCACACUUUUAUCAAAUACAAAUUGUUUGAGGUUUUGGAAAGACUUUAAAAGACCAGAUCCAUACUGUACAUUUGUACCAAUACAUUGACAGCUUAAGCUGAAUUUUCUCAGCACUUUUUUUUGAUGAUGCUUUAAACAAAUAGGAAAUACUUAUGACAUUCAGCAUAUCAGAUCUAAAAUGUUAUACAAAGAUUGAAGUGGAGGCUUACCUCUGUUCACGUAUUAGUUUUUGUUUUGAAAGUUAGGGGGUUUGUCACAUUACACUGAUCGUGUCGAGUGCCCUAAACAAACUGAACAGCUUCACUUUCUUGAAGGCAUUUUGCUCUUAUCCAAAAGAGCUCCUUCAGCUCUGAUGGAGACAAUGGGAAUUUUUUACUCAAGUAGCCUGUGAAAUCACCGAUAUGUUAACGUUUGCUGAGACAGUAAAAUGCAAAUAUUUGGUUGAGUUUUGGCCUUUCAUUUACACAUUAUCAGAGUUUUGAAAGCACAGAAUAGCUAGGAGUUGGAAAUGGGCUCCAGAGUGAAAUGCGACUGAAACACAAAGCGAAUCCUGUCCAUGUAAAAAUGAGCUGGAAUCUUUUGGGGACGUCAGUGUUUGUCACAUCAUUUUACACCCGCAAACAGUUUGACGGCAACAAAAGCCAUCGUUCGUGUUCUGUUAGAGCAGCUGAAUCUUUUCUCUAAGUCAUCUGGUAUCUUAAAGCAAAAGCUGCUUCUUGUGCAACAUUAAUGACAUUUGCAGAGCAAUGGAUUUCAUGUGCCAGGUAAUAAGUACACCCCUGUGCAAGAGGAUUAUUAAAAGUAUGAUAAGGAUGUAUUGCGUUUUUUAAGAGGUGCACAGGGAAGGGUUUUUGGUUCUGAAUGUAAACAUUAAAGUAUAAACAGGGCCUUGAAACCACCUAAUAUGGGGUUUCUACAGUAUCAAAAGCUGCAUUUUCUGGACCCUCAAGUUCAAAACCACUUUUGACACUUUUCACGGGUCAUUUGUGCACAUUUUAUCAGUUGUUAACUGGCCUAAAUUGUUAGGGCUACGGUAAAAGUAUUGUGUGACAUUGUUUUUCUCUCUUAAAGUACAGUUUAUCACUUUUAACCUUACUCCUAAUGUUAAUCUAUUUGCUCAUAUUUGAACUGUUUUAUCCUUUAUAAAAGAACGAUAUCUUUACCAGUAUUGUUUGUAAAUCUUUGCAUAUAAAUAAAAUUGUUCAAAGGUAACGAAGAGACAGCCAUUCUUGUUGAUUUUAGCCCUACACCAUUAAAACAUAGAUUUUAUUUCGCUAUAGUUUUUUUUACAAUAGUUAAAUAAAGAUGUUAUCAUCAAUCAAUCAUUAAACAGCGUAUUGUUGCCAAGUUGCUUUUCCCAGAACUUUUCCCGGGUCGUCUGUUGCUAGGUCAUCGUGUGCAUGCAUGACCGAUGAUUCGUUGGAUCAAAUAUCUCACAUCAGUUCUGUUUCACACACUCUUCCCGGUUUAAAGGGUGACUGACAAUAUCACACAGCUGAUUACUGCCAAAGUGGAUAAAAAUAUUAAAGAUUAAUAAAAGAAAAAAAGGAAAAAGUAAUGGCUUUAACAACUACAAAGGAAAUGGAAAAAAUGGUUGUAAUUUGGUUAUGACUAACCAUUACAUUUAUUUUGUUUCUCACUGAUGAUUAAAAGAGGCAUGAUUUCCUCUUUGAAGACAGGUUUAGAGCUGAUCUUUAAAGAUGACUGGAGAUAUAUGUGUGAAUAUAUCUGAGAUAAGCUUCCUCCCUUCAGCUCCUGAUGCACGUCUAAGAUAAAACACGAGGACCAGACAUGUUUUCUAAAGACCGCAUUUGAAUGGUUUUUUGGGCCAAUGUUUGUGAGAACUCAGGUGAUCAUGAAUGAAAGGAAAUCCCCACCUUACUCUACUUUUUGUGUGUGUGUAUAAAACAACAACUGUGUCAUACAGGAACAUGAUAUGAAUCUGAUAAACAGUUUCAUAGAAAUGUUAUAACCUUGAAAAGUUUGAACAGGUGAUCAAACCUGCCUGACGAAUGUUUUGUCUUUACACCUGGAUUAAAGCUAAUGAAAGUGUUCAUACUGUACAACUAUAAUCC